UCGUUCAAACAUGACGUUUUCCGAUUAGGCUAGCCAGUUUUUUGUUUCCGUUUGUGAAUAAUACUAAAAUCACUCGUUGUUUAUCUCUAAUGUAAUGUAGUGAUUAGUGUUCCUAGUGUCGAAUAAAACCACUAUAAUCCAUUACGCGGACCGUGCGGCAGGUUUGAAUUUCCAAGAUGACGGAAACUCGAAGACAGCAACUGCAUCUUGGUAAAUGCAUCGAAGAUUUGGAUAAACUGCAUAAUAUUCCAGAUUUGAAGUCGAAGAGGGCUACUGCGUUAUGCAAAACAGCGCAAAAACUUUUUGAGAGCGCAGCAGAGGCCCGUGAGAAGGGCGACGAGGAGUACUCUUACGUGUGCUACAUGAAGUACUUGCGGGUCGUGGCGUGCAUUAGCAAGGACAAGGACUAUUUGAAGGACAAGAACUAUUUCAACCAGAUGCUAGGGACCAAGAACCCUAAUAAGGCUAUUGAUGCGGCUGAAGAGCUGAAGAACAGUCUGAUUGACAGGUAUAACCAAGAACAGAAGAAAAAGCGGCUGAACGACAUCCAGGAGAAUGAGGUUAUCAAACAGAAGAUAGAUGAGAACCGGAAGAAGGCGCUGGAGGCAGCGCCCGCACCCGAACCUUCUCAGCCUUUGGGUUUACCAGGUCUAGAUGAAGUGACCAUCAAGAGCGAGCAGCUAUACAACAUCCUCAAGAGUGGCAAGAUGAAGGUGAUGAUACUGGACGCUCGGCCCGGCAAGGACUACAUAGAGUCCCACAUCAACUGCCCCUCCUGCAUCAGUGUGCCUGAAGAGAGCAUUUCACCUGGUCGUUCAGCGCAUAUCCUAGAACAGAACUUACCCGCGCCUUCCAAACCUAUCUGGGCAAACCGUGCUUCCAUGGAGCUCAUUGUGAUGCUGGACUGGUCUAGCACCGCUGUCAUCCCAGGAAACACGCUCCAUCUCCUGAAGACCAUCUUGUUGAAGUGGGAUGUAAAAGUGCAAUACCCGCGUCCACCACUGGCCCUGCACGGAGGCUAUGAAGACUGGCUUCUACGUUACCCCGCUUUGACUACCAAUCCCCAGCCAACUCCGAGAGCCAAGGCACCCAAAGACAUGCUAGGUGAGAUAGAUUACCCCGUGUGGGCAGAUCUGACCCCGGCUCCGCCGCGACCGCGGACUUCGGAACCCACCGUCGAUCGCAGCAGCAAGGCCGCAGCGUUGCAGAAGUACGAGGAGCGAGCUCGCAACAUGGCGCAGAUCAUUCAACAACAAGAACGCUUAGCUGACACCUCACUGACACUCGAAAUGCAAAGGAUAGAGGCGGAACAGGAUUGGGAGAAGACCCACUUCCAGCGCGAGACAGAGGAGCGGGAUGACGUGCGAGCUUUGUACAAGAUGCGCGAACAGGAGAUCAUAUCGCAGCUUAUGCAGUUGGAGAAUAAGCAGUUUGACAUGGAACAAGAGAACCUGAGUCUCCGCCAGCAGCUGGAGGAGUACCAGCGGCGGGAGCGCGCCGAGGCCGAGAAGAUUGCCGAUUCCAUCGCCACCGACGACGCCAAUGCGGAGAAGCAGCUUGUGAUCUUGGAGCAGGCCAUGCAGGCGCGCGAGCUGGCGGCGGCGGCGGCGCGCGUCGACGCCGUGCGCGAGCAGCGCCACGAGCUCGACCGCCAGCGCGAGGCGCUCGAGCAAGAGCGCAAGCGGAAACUCGCGCACGCCCGGGAGAAGCGGAAACCCGUACUCGACAAGGAUGAAGACGGCGACACGUACAUGGUGUCGCCAGACGACGGGCCCGCCGGCCUCAACCGCUCGCAGUCCUCCCCCAACAUUGCCAAGCAGGUAUCAUCAGACGAAGACGAGUCGCCUCCGUCCUUCGAUCGCAGUGUCAAACCCACCAAGGUCAUACCCCGAAACCACCAGAGAGACUUCCAGCCGCAGUGGGGCGAUGUGGGCCGCGGUCUAACGGGCUUGAAGAACCUUGGCAACACAUGCUACAUGAACUCCAUCAUCCAGUGCCUGAAUAACACCGCCAUCCUGUGCCAUUACUUCUGCAACGGACAGUACAUGGAGCAUGUUAACAGGGCGCACGGAACGCGAGGAGCGAUCGCAGAGGAACUAGCAGCGGUGGUGCGAGCGCUGUGGUCCGGACAGUACCGGUACAUCGCCACCAUCGACUUAAGGAACGAAGUCGGGAAGCACCAACGAGCAUUCCGAGGUUGCGAGCAGCAGGAUUCCCACGAGUUUCUGACCAUUCUCAUGGACUGGCUCCAUCUCGACUUGCAGUUCUCCAGCAAGCCGCAGAUCAAGGACAGCCUCCCGCCCUCCGAAAAAGCGUGGCACGAGUUCACCAAAUCCAAAGAGAGCUUCAUCCUACGGCUGUUCUACGGCCAGAUCCGGUCCACGGUCAAAUGUACGGUGUGCGGCAAGCAGAGCGUCACGUACGAGUCCUUCUCCAACCUGUCUCUGGAGUUACCGGCCAACGCCAACCGGUGUACGCUGAGCGACUGCCUAAAACUGUACCUGAACGGCGAAACCAUCCCGGGCUGGAACUGCCCCGGCUGCAAGGAGAAACGAGACGCCGUCAAAAAGCUAGACAUCUCCCGUCUCCCCCCCGUCUUAGUCAUCCACUUCAAACGCUUCUACGUCGACCCUAAAGAAUACAUGGCGAAUGCGUACAGAAAGAAACAGACGUAUAUAGACUUCCCGCUCGAAGAUCUAGACAUGCGGCAGUUUUCGCUGAACUGUAGUCCGAAUAACCAGAUAUUUAAUUUGUACGCCGUGUCGAACCAUUACGGGUCGAUGGAGGGCGGGCAUUACACGGCGUAUUGUAAGAGCAGUGUGUACGGCAAAUGGUACAAAUACGACGACCACGUAGUAACAGAGAUCUCCUCCAGCGAAGUAAAGUCCAGCGCAGCCUACAUUCUCUUCUACACCUCCUGCAACAUGCGCAUGUCGUGAUCGCGAGGCCGAAAGCGGCCCAACGAGGCCGGAGGUAGCUUUAGGCCUUAGGAUCUCGGCCUAAUCGGGAAACUGAGCCAUGUUUCUGAGUGAACGCGUUCAGGUUGGAUUACUUUUAUAGUGAUCGCGAGGCCGAAAGUAGCUUGCACUCUGAUCGUGGUCUCUUGUCGGGGGCUAGCUAGGCCAAGUAUCUUAUGGCUCCUCUACACGAUGGGCCAACGCCGGCCACUGCAAGGGACGCAUUUAUGCGUUAGAGGGAGCAAUUGAUAUUGCUAUCUCAUUCUACCGCAUGUCUGCGUCCCUUGGAGUGGCUGGCGUUGACUCAUCGUGUAGAGGAGCCAUUAGACUUUGGCCAAACACUUGUUUUGGCUGUAUAACUUGGCAAGAAUUUGUAAAUAUAUUCAGUGCUGCUGAUAUUAUUUUAAAACCUCUUGUGCAAUGUGAAUGUCGCGAUCGUGAAGCCGAAUUGAAGUCACGAGGUCGAAGGUAGCUUUAGGUCUCAGGAUCUAGGCAAACUCUGUAUGUCUUGGCCAAGUAUUCGUUGCCGAAUCCCGAUAUAGGUCGAAACCGAAACAUAUGGACAUUUUACACUUGUAGGUAAUUGUUGUGAUUAUUAGUACUGAAGUUAUGAAUAGUUUAUAAUCCAAACUUAGAUCAUUUAUUACCUGUUAAUUUGUAAUUAAAUAAUUAUUUGUUAUGUUGAAUGAUAAUGACGAUGUUCGUUUUUGGUCCCAAACUCAAUAAUUGAUUUUGUAUAUCUCCAGGUUUGUUAGCCUUACACUUAUGUGACUACGCGUAUAAUUUAAAAUGCACUUUAAUGCAUUAUGAUUUAAGUUUAAAAUUGUAUAGUACCUACAUGCGAGGCGCUGAAAACGUUAAAUUGUUUAACCUCUCGUCUGUGUACAAAUAGUGGACCUUAUACGUUUUGUAAUAAGGUGUACGAACUGACAGUUAACAGUGUGGGCGAUGGUAUGAAAAGGAUCUUGAAAUUUUAGUCAUCUUUUUGCAUAUUUGUCGAUAAUGAUUUCAUCUGGUCUAUUCAGAGCUCACAUGUUUGAACUCACGGUUUUUGACCGCCAACACAUACGAAAGGUUAAUAUGAAAGCUUGUUAAGAUAUUUAUGCCUCGAAUUCAACUUUUAUCCUAACCCGUGUUACGCCCCUAAUACAUCAUGAAACAGUUGGAAUUUGUAAUCCUGUAAUUAUAUAAAUAGGUUCAAAAUUCGCUGGGCGUUUCACGGGUUAAAAAGAUCUUAAAUAGUUUGGUUUCAAUAGCCAAUAGAGGGCAGUGUGAUUUUUGAUAUUUAUAAACAAAUUAUGGAAUGUAUGAGAAGUGAAGACUGCAUAUGUAUGGAAACCAAACUAUGUAUUCAUCAAAUUGCUCGUAGGUUCACAGAUCUGUAUAAACUAUAUAAAUAUCUUGAAUAACCUUAGACAUUUUGACAAGUGACCUCAUUGAUGUAAAAUAAAUGUCAAAAGAAUAGUAGUUAAUUAAUAUACAGUACCUACACUACACGCACGAGUUCCGUGCAUUUUCGAGUUGAAACGGGAGGGUAUGUUGGGGCAAGAGGGACUUCCACCCCGCAAUAAACGUAUUUUACGUUUGCCUCGUAAACUGAGUUUUUUUUUCUGUUAGAGUACUUACCCUCUCAGCAUAAUAUUAUGUGUUAUCUGCAUGCACAAUGUGGUACCCUUCGAUUGAAACCGUCACAUGGGGAAAAGUUACCCAUACGGCAUAAGUAAAGUAAAUAAAUAAUCAUUGAGCACUCUUAAGGGGCCCACAGAUUACCAGUUCGCAGAUAUCAGCCUGUCAUUUAAUCGCAAAAGGCGACAGUUCUGAACAACUGACAUGCUGAUAUCAUCCGGCGGUCUGGUAAUCUGUGGGCCCCUUAAUUCCAAAUAUAGAGAUGACAGUCGUGAAAACUUGGUGCUAAAUUUUGGUCAUGUAGAUACCAGUGAAUGGGUGAUUUACUCUACUUUGUGCACUGUUUAAAUUCAUAAAUUAUGUCGCUUAACUUCAAACUCUGGUAAAUCCAUUCGACCCACUCAGCAAAUAUCUACCCUCUACCCUAUUACCUUUUCUUGAUACCAAUAUCGCAUAAUUUGGCAGAUGGAUUUACCAGAGUUUGAAGCUAAGUGACUCAAUUUUGGUUAAAAUUCGAAAUUAAGAAUGGUCUGUUAAAUAAUACAGCCUCCCGUAUUUAUUUCCGCCUAUUAACAUCACCUGAAAAACUAACUAGAUAUUGUUAAAAUUGAGAAUAAAAACGAAUUCAGUGCCUAAAGUUUAAAAUAACUCUUCUGGGCGAUCCUGUGCCAUUUCAUAUUAAACUAAAAAUCCAGUUGAAGCAUAUUUUAUUCGAUAUGAAGUGAAUUGUACAUAAUAUUACAUUAAAGGAAUGUGUAAAUCUUAAAUAUAAGACAAACUUGAAUAAAUACUUUGUUAAUUAAACAUUUGUUUUACAA